AAACGUGUAGUUCCAGUUAAAUGUAGAACUUACCGUUUUAAAAACUGUUUUAUUCCGUUAUGUGCGACAGACUGUGUGCUACAUAAUAAUUGAGGUAAAAUGUUCUGAUCCCCGGGGGAAAAUGUCGUAUAGGGAAAUUCCCUUCAACGCAAAUACAAUUCAUCGUUUCGAAGUAUGUUUAAUAUCGGAGCGGACUCUUUUUUUCCAUCGUAUUUCAGUUCUUGUAAAGCUAUCAAUAGAUCCGUGCCUGGAGCUUACCGCACACGCGUAGAUAAUCUGUUGAAGGUAAGAUAAGUCUUAAUAAUGCAAGACUUUUUCAGCUGAUAUUGAGGACUAUUAUAAGGGACCGGUCAUUAUUUAUGGAGGGGGGUGGCACCGAAGAGAAAUGUUUUCCUGGCAAAACUUUUGCUGACCCAACUAUUAAAAAGACAAAAAUUUGAUUACCCAACCUCAAAUAUCAAUUUAAAAAUAAUUACCCACCCCUGGCCAAAAACCAGUUACAAAAAGAUACCAUUUAGUUGUCACACAUGCAUGUCCUUUACCACUUCUGUGACAUGAGUUUGAAAACAACUUGUGAAAUUUUCUGCAGUCUAAAGUUUCAUGUUGUCUGCACAUGUACUUUCUUUGGAAACACCAUUUGUUUGUCAAAAUGAUCAAGAUAGUUACUCUGAUUGAUUCACAUAUUGUAGUUGACAAAUGACUGUUGACAAUGCUUUUCAGUCAACAAUAUUUCAGUAAGUCAUGUUUUGGAAAUGACAAUAAUUUUUUAUUACCCAACCCUUGAGUUGUUUUGUUUUUCAUUUACCCAACCUUUUACUCACUCAAAAUUUUGUUUACCCAACCUUUUUCUCUUCGGUGCCACCCCCCACCAUAAAUAAUGACCGCUCCCUAAGAGCCGGCAAAAUUGAUAAUAUUAAUUGCUGCCGCAGCGAGCGAGCCUGAAGCGAGCGAGCAAGGCAGCAGAUCCUAAUUUUGUUUUGUGGGUCGAUAUCAAAAUUUUCUAUUUGGCGCAUUGCAUGACGGUACCAGUGAAUUUUAACCGUGGUGCAGCGCGGUCAAGCAUAAGGCAAACAGGCAAUGUGAUCAUCUUUCAUCUUUGGUCUUCUUUUAUGGAAAGCUGGCUUAAAGUGAUCAAACGGCAUUUUGUUGGGUGCUUUUAGCAUUAUACAGCGGUGCUUUCGGAAUUAUACACGGUGCUUUCGCCAUUAUACGCGGUGGUUCCCGCAUUAUACGCUGUGGUUCCAGCAUUAUACGCGGUGCUUUCACCAUUUAUAUACGCGAUGCUUUCACCAUUUAUAUACGCGGUGCUUUUGCAAUUAUACGCAGUGGUUCGAGCACUAUAUGCGGUGCUUUUAACAUUAUACGCGAUGCUAGCUUUCAUUCAACAUUAUUUUCAUAUUCUUUCCAUGACAUGUAUAUAAUUUAACGAUUGCUUAAAUUUGGUAUGUGGUUGACGAAUGCUUUUUGCCUAUGGUCCGCAAAGACAAUGACAUGCUUUUCUGUGUAUAUAAAUUAAUAUAACGCAGCGAAUGCGCCAAGCAGUAUAAACGCGCGGCUGAAAUACGAUAUUAAAAUCUUGAAUGUGCCGUAUGAUUCAAUUAUGUUUUAGGAUUUACAAAUGCUUUGUCAUUUGGUGUUUAUACUUGUACUGCAUCACAAGGCAGUACGUAAGUGAAAAAAUUUCACAUGUGAGACUGUCUUUAUAUAUUUUUGCUUUCUUUGAUAAACAUUAUUAAUAAACACGCAAAUUUUAAUUAGUGAGACGCAAUGUUAAAUGUCACCUGCAUGUCAUUGUCAUUGCCCUUUAACCCCUGGUCUAAUUGGCCGCUUUUGAAAAUGUUGAUCAUGACGAACCGCACUUUUGUGUUUUAAAAACGAGUUAGGAUAAAACGCGGAUACGGACGGACGGAUGAAUGAAUGACGGACGGACGGACGGACCGGACGGAUAACAUAUAUAUUUGUCAUUAUAUAGUCUGCGCGAGUCUGCGCGCAGGGUAGUUAGUGGCUUACGUCUUCGCUGGUUGUUAUACUUUAAAAUAAUUUUGUAUUUACCAAGAAAUCAAUAUUUCGAGUAUAUAAAUAUAUAAACUGGGAUGUCACACUGAUAGUUUGUUUAAUUUCCUGGAGCAUCAAAUCUCAUGUUUAACCACGGUGGUUUUACCCAUUAGCUGGCAAUGCGCCAGUCCCUUGUCCAGCGCCAGAAAAUUUUACUCGUCAGUGGUACAGGGUACUGCCAGUAAAUGGAUUAACAAACUUAUCUGCCAAUGGCUCUUGUUAAUCUAUCAGCACAGUAAUGACUUUAGUAUUUACCCUGUCCAACGCCAGACGAUUUUUAAUACUCAGUCAGUGGUAGGGCCGUGCUGUCAAUAAAUGGGUUGACAAGGAUAACAAUAGCCUGCGUCGCGGCUAUCAGAUCUACUUUCUCUGAGAGCCGCUAUGCAAGCUAGGAUAGCAAUAAUAGGAUGUUUCUGAAGGACUUGUUCAACAUCCUGUAGUUUGUCUUUUGCUGUCAAAGGCAGCAUUACUGCCCUGUGGGUAACCUAGUUAUAGGCCUUAGUCUAAAUAUUUUCUCGGGCCAAAAUAGCUAUGGCAUGUGGCCCUCAUAAUUACGUAAUUUGAUUAGUAUAUAUAACUCCUAAAUAAAACCCUCUUAGUCGAAAGGCAGACUUCGAGCACGGGUGUCUGUCAGUUUGUUUUGAGUUUUGAAAUAUUCAAACCAAAUUAACCUUGUUCAAUCCAUUUUUAUUACGGGACAAUAUAUAAAGGUCUUAUUUUGUAUUUUACAAUGCAAUAAUAAAUAAAUACACUGAUAUAAACCAUGACGACAAUUGAAUUUAAGUCCUAUUAUACGUAAAUUGACUAAGUCUAAGAGUAUUAGGAGAUGCACUAAAUGCUGCUUAAUCAUCAAAAGAUGUCACAAGAAAUACGAUCAAAUAUAUCUGCUUAUAUUUGUAUAUUUAUAUAGAUUGAUAUCAUAGCCGCGUAGGGGUUUAUAGAGAGUAUAGUGUAUCAGUGUAUGUAAAUCAUCCCAAGCCAACAUUGCUCGCAUAUAGCCUGACCUAUUAAAUCGUAAAUUACCCUACUCUCAGGAUCUUAUAAAAGACCCAGUCUGAGAUUUUUACAACACAAUUUUUUUUUAAAUCAAACGUGGACACUGUUCGUUCUGCAUGGUAAUGUGGGUGUUGAUGAAUGAAAUCGGGAUUUUUUUUAUUUGACCUAACCCCAAUCUUUUCUCAAACUAUGGCCUGUUUCAAACAUUUUAUUGAUAAAAUAUUUUUAGUUAUUUAUUCUGUUAAAAAUAAACUAUUUCUUAAGACUUUACAUGCAUUUACUUUACGUGCAGGUGUGGGUAUACAGGGUGUAUAAAAAAAAACUGAACAGAUUUGAAAUUGCUCUUAAUUUCGCAAAACAGCUACUAGUAUCCAGUUUUUGAUGUAUAGAGCUUCUUUGGGUACUUAUAAUGUAGAAAAAUGAAAAACAUUUCUCGAACUCAAAUUUUGUGAACCAGGGGGCGGAGGGUUUCUUUUCCAACAAGUUUAAGCCUUUAACUAUUCACGCAAACUCGCAUAUUCUCUUCAAAAAUCAGCUAUUUGCAUGCUAAUUAACACCUUUGCCUAAUUUGCAUAUGUCAGCAAUAUGCAAAUUAAAGGUAAAGGCAUUAAUUAAGCAUGCGAAAGGCUAAUUUUUUAGAGAAAAAUGAAUAGUUAAAGGGCUUAAACUAAAGCAAAUUGUCUGAAAUUUUGCACAGUAAUUAAAAACCCAACACGUUUUCCAUCUAUCAACUCAAAAUAUGAUUAAAGCUUCUAAAUUUCGUGCGCAAGCCAUUUUGAGUUUGUUGGAAAAGACACCCCCCCCCCCCGGUUUACAAAAUUUGAGUUCGUUAUAUAUAUCAAAAACUGGAUACUAAUAGCUGUUUUGCGAAAUUGAGAGAAAUUUCAAUUCUGUUCAGUUUUUUUAUACACCCUGUAUAAUAAAAAAUAGGUCGUCAGAUUUAGAUUAGGGUCAGAUUAAGAUUAGAUUAGGGUUAGAUGUUAGAGUCGGGGUUAAAGUCGGGCAAAUGGACCUAUUACCUAAUAACCAAAAUUUUGAUCUCAACAAAUCUAGACAAAAAUUACACACGGGAAACCGAUACCCGCUUUUUGAGGAAAGGUAUCAAUUUCCCGUGCGUAGGCCUAAUACAAAAUGAAUGAAAAAACGGCAAACUUCGCAGGGCUAUACAUAGGCGUACCGGGAGGGGGGGGGGGCGGGGGGGGGGCGGUAGCCCCCCAGUUUUUUGGGCAGUCGGGCAAUAUUCGAUUAACAGUCGGGCAAUUUUGGUUUGUUAUAAAAAUAAAUCGGACAAAUUCUGUCAAUUUUUUCGAAAAUUUAGUCAAUUUUGUGGCCAAUGUAGUGUUUUUUUGAAAAUUUAUGUGAUGCUCCGAAAAAUUUUGGUAUGUCCGGAAAAUUUUUUUGACCCCUUAAAUGGUACACUGACCGAAAUUUUUUUGGCGACGGGGGGGGGUCGCCUAAAUAAUAUUUCCGGGAAAAAUUUUUGGUAGUAGUCGGGCACAAUCACAAAAAGUCGGGCAAUUUUACGAAAAGUCGGGCAAUUUUCUUUCCGCCCCCCUAAUUUUUUCCUUCCGUUACGCCCAUGGGGCUAUAUUACCGCAUUUUACAACAUUUCGCAACGAAACUUCGGAAUAAUACUAAUUUUGCGAUGCUCUUUUAAGCUGUGGUGAAAUGUUUCAGUCUUAAAUUCGCAUUCAGACGGAUAAAUCGUUACCAAGCAAGGGAAAAUUGGGACAAGAAUUACUGAGAAAAACAGUAGACUAUAUAUAUCGAUAUAUAUUGUUGGUCAUAUUUAUAUACAGUAGACUAUAUAUAUCGAUAUAUAUUGUAGGUCAUAUUUAUCACGAUAAGAUAUUUACUUAAAAUUUCGCCAGGUUUUUUCUUCGUGCGAUUUAAAAAAAAUCGCGAAACUGUUAAAGUUGUUAAUAUAAAGUCACGCGAAAUUAAGUACGAAUAAGGUGAAUUAAUUCUUGAAAUAAAUUCGUGGUGAAGUGCAUGAUGAUGCAUGAAACACGUGCGAAAUAAAUAACUUGAGCCUGAUUUCCAGUAUGGCCAGUCGUAAAAAUAAAGUCACGAUCUUAGUUCUCAACGGCCAGUUUAUAACAGUUUAUACCUGUAAACCACAUAUAAAUCAUAAGUAUUCUCUAGUUAUAAUCACUCCGCGUAUUUUCUGUUCUGAAAUGUUUUCGUAAAACUAAAAAAACGGCUAGUAUCUUUGAUAGGCUCUUAUUUGUCUGCUACUCUAUCUUUUCUAUAGGGAUUAAAUUUUUUGUGAUUCGGUGGAAACACGUAGGCUACUAUACUUUACAAACAACGAUGGACGAUCGUGUUGAUGAGACUGUACACGUGAUAUCCUUAUGUAGAUUUGAAAACACUUCUGCUAAUAGAAGGUACAAAGGAAAUAAAUUAAAUGAAAUAGUUCAUGCUAUCUGUGCCAUGUUAAACAGCGAUGGUGGAAAUGUUGUGUUACAUAACGAGUGCGACUGCGAGAAAUGCAAAUCUUCUCAAAUGUCCUUGGUGGUUCGAAUGCUAGAACAAUCUAUGAUCUCUAUCAUUGGAUUGAAUCAGACCGUCUCGAAUAUAAAUUUCAAAGAGGAUGAAAAAAGAAUACUCAUUUUAGUUAAAAAAUCUGAUUCAUUAAUUACAACUAAUUAUAACCUUUAUUUACCGAGUCAAACACUAGUUGUACAAAUGUCUCCUCUGGAAUCACUGGAUAAAGUUGUCAACAGAAAUGUUGAUUCAGAAUCUGUCCAACCUGGCUCACAUAAGAGAUUGUUCUGUAAAGACAAAGAAUGCAGUUUCCGUGAAAACAAAAUGUGUGAAUUGAAGCAUCUAAAAGCAGGUCCAUCGAAACGCACCAGACUAGCAGAUCGUAUGACAGGUAAAAGUAAUAAAUUCAGUUGCUAUGUUUCAGCGUUUGCCAACCAUAGCGGAGGUCAUAUCUACUAUGGGAUCAGAGAUGAUGGAGUUGUUGAAGGCGAGCUGAUUCCGAACGCGGACAACAUUGAAAUAACAAAUAAAGUUAGGAAAGCCAUCAAGAUGAUGAUUUGGCCUCAGGAGAUUGAUCAACCAAAACGGGGGGUACACUGGGAAAUAUUCUUCGAGCCAGUGUUAGAUCAAAACUCCAAACCUAUCCCAUCAACCUUUGUGAUCGUGAUCUAUAUCGCUCCUUGUCUUGGUGGUGUGUUCACUGAAGAACCAGAAUGUUAUGAAAUGGUGGAGGGGAAAGUUAAUAAGAUGUCGUUCACCACUUGGAAAAAAGCAAUAUUGCGUCCAGGUUGGUUGCGUAGAAGGGAAGAAAUCCCGCGGUCAGUUCAUCGUAUUUCUUGGAGCUCAGCUGAGGCUCGGAAGACUUUCACUGUUGGCGUUGAAGGUGAAAAAUUAAGGAAAUUAAUUAAUAAAGGUGAUUGGGGUGCCUUUUCAAAAGAGUGUCAAAUUCUUCAGAAAAAAUCUCAACUAAGCGUGAUGAAGUUAUUGGUUUUGUCAAAACAAAUCACUGCGUGUUACCGUAGAGGCAGUUUCAAUGAAGCACGUGCCUCUCUCGAACAGUACAACACCAUUUUACCGCAAGCACAAGAUCGUUUCAUUUUCGAGGUGAUGGGAUUGUACUUACAAGCAGCUCUAAAACGUGCAAGUGGAGAUUUUCAAGAGCUCCCAGAACUAUUGACUGCAGCUUUGUCCAAGGCAGAACUGAUUCAGCCAGGCCUGGUAACGGCAAUAGUAUACGUUUUUGCUGGAACUGUGACUGACUUGAUAAAUUCAGAAGAUCCAACAAAUGAAGUAGGUUCACCUGAUGUUCUUUCAAUAAGAGCUCUGGAACAUUUACGAUGUGUCCCAGUCCCCCCAGAUCAUUCUGAAGUCGUUACAGAAAUGGAGCAGAAGAUACAUAUAACUUUGGCCACUUUUUACCUUGGCUGCAAUAUAAGUGGACAGCGUAUCAAAGGUAAUUAUAAUGUAAACAAUUCGGGCAUAGAUAAAGCAAAGAAAAGCAUUUUGGCUGUACAUGGAUCCGCUGAUGAAGGAAAUCCACUCAGUGUGUAUCGUGAAGUUCAGCUCAAUUUGGUACGGUCCAUUUAUAAUUAUCGACGUUCGCAAGUCAGUUCUGAUCAGAGAACUCGUUUCUUAUGUAGUGCCUUUGAAUACGCCAAGAAAGCUGGAUGUCUUGCAAGAGAUUAUCAGUUCAUGGAAAUGGUUGAAUGGAGCAAGGCAAAUGAAACCUUGUGCACAGAAGAACUGGUGCGCUCACAAUUGUUUUCUGCUAGAAAGAACAUUCAGCCGGAAAACAGUUUGCACGAACCCAAGCACCUACUGCCUCGUACCCAGGCGUCUCUUUGUAAAAAAACAGUGAUGCCCAUAUGACGUGUUUACAUGAAGUAUUGUAGUGGGGAGAGAUGGCGAAGGGGCUGAUGGCUUCGCGCGUCGGAUGUCUACCUGAAUACUUCAUGUAAGCGCCUGGGUACGAGGCAGCACCAAAUAAGUGUAUAUUUACACCAUCGCAAAGUGUAAAUUAACAGUGAGAAGAGGUAAGGUUACACCGUUAUAAUGUAAAUCUACACCGAAUUAGGUGUAAUUAGGAUAUUUUCUAUUUUACACCUAGUAAGUGUUACCAAAACACUAAAAUAGUGUUGCUACACUGUGGAAGUGUAAUGUUACACUCGAACAGUGUUUAAUUCCGCGUUACACCUAAUCAGUGUAAUGUUACACCUUUUUGGUGUUGCCGCAACAACGCGAGAUUUACAGUGUAGUAGCUAGUAGUAAG